CAAAAAACUCCAAUUUUAUCGUUUGUAAAUUUUAAAGAACGAAACAGAACCCAAACUUGAUCUGAAAUUUUCCAAAAAAUAAUAGCAUUUUCCCUCUAUUUAGGUAGCCAUUGGAAGCUGGAGAACAAUGGUGUCCCCCCUACCCGUGUAUCUCUGUAGCCUAACUAGAUACUGUUAUGUUUACUGCUUCUUCUGCAUUUGUUCUCUCUACCAAGCGGUUUCUAUUUUUAAACUCUGUCUCUUAGUUCAGUAUGAGAGGAUGAUGGAGUAUGACCAGGAAAAACUGAAAAGGGUUUGCUACGCAGUAGUAACCAUAGCUGGGGGACUUAUCUACUCAGCUUUCUACUUAGCAAACAUUUCCAGAGGUGUAUUUCACCAGCCAGAGGCAUACUUUGCAGCAUGUACCGCCGAGGGGUUGGACUACGUGAUACCUUUCAACAUAUUUGUAUUCCUACUUCACCUUCUGGUAUUUCUGAUCUCAAACUUGAUUGUGCGCUGCUACGCUAGUCAAGAAGAGGGAUGCCCCUUCUCAUGGAUUCAGUAUAUCCAAUGCUCUAUUAGUAAAACUGUUACUAUAGGAGCAUUUGCAACCACAGGAUUUAUCUGUCUAAUUCUUGUUAUAAUGACGAUGCCAUCUAUGGAGUCGAAUGGUGGUAUCAGCCUCUACUUUGCUAUUGGGGCACCACUGGCAGGAGUUCUAAUGCAUGUUCUGAAAGAGUAUGAGUUCACUUACCCGUGCCUGAUGGCGUUGCUUUCUGAAAUAAAAGGAUUCUUCUGUUGCAAACAAAAUCAAGUUCAUCCAAUCCAAGAUUCUCUAAAUCCUCAACUCCCGUUCGUAAUUAAUGUUCAGCCAAUCAAUCCUCUAGAGGAUGAUGGUGGAAUCUUUGUUGGAUAACUCAUCCACAAUCUAGAACCUUAAGGUAUCUUGUAUUUGUGGAAUUCCGUCUCCUGGAGUCCCAUUUCCUAGAGUCCAGCAUCCUGGAUUGUUGCCACCUAGAGUCCUGUAUCCUGGAGUCCUGUAUUCUGAAAUCCUGGAUCCUGGAGACCUGUAUUCUGGAGUCCUGUAGUCCUGUUUUCUGGAGUAUUGUGUCCUGGAGUCAUGUAGACUGGAGUUCUGUAUCCUGGAAUCCUGUAUCCUGGAUUCUUGCCACCUGCAGUCCUGUAUCCUGGAGUCCUGUAUCUUGGAGUCCUGAAUCCUGGUGUAUUCUGGAGUCCUGUAUCCUGGAAACCUGUAUUCUGGAGUCCUGUAUCCCGGAGUCCUUUUUCCUGGAGUCCUGUAUCCCGGAGUCCUUUUUCCUGGAGUCCUGUAUUCUGAAAUACUGUAUCCUGGAGUCCUGUAUCCUGAAAUACUGUAUCCUGGAGUUCUGUUUCCAACAAUUUACAGAAUUCUACACUUUUAAGAACAACAAACUACGAUAUCUCAUAAUCUCUACGUUGUUGCUCAGAUGAAGAAAUCAGGGUUAACGUUUUCAAUCUGGUAUUUAACUCUUCAAAUGGAGGGUCACUUGAAAAAUAUGUUUACAGUCCCUUUAAUUGUAUUUGAACUAGUUUUGUUAAAAUUG